CAUCUAGUAACAGUGUCUCACCUCACCUAUGGACCAUCAGAGGUCACAUACACCUACUGGCCUGUCUCUCUCUCCCAUACGUUGUAAGCAGGGACGUGCACAGACAUUUUGGGGGACAGGGGCUGAACUAAAAAAACAAAGGGCACUUGCCAUAAUUAUUGAUAUAAAUGUCCACAUAAUAAUGCCAGACUACCCAAGGCACUUUUAGGAGUAACAUCAAAAUGGCAGGGGCUCAAGCCCCCUUUCUAGUCGACCUGUGCACAUCCCAGGUUGUAAGACUAUGUUCACAUGGGGGAAUGUCCGCACGGUAAAUCUCUGUUCGGACAUUUCCCUGACCAUGAAGCAUAAACAGAGCAUGCUGGCGCUAGGACUGCCCGAAAAUGCACCGUCUCAUAGACAGCAAUGCAUUUCCGUGCGGAAUCUGUAGACAACAUAGACAUGUUUAUUCUUUCUGGUGACACCGGAAUUUGAAUUUCCGCACCAGAUUUUUCCAGCAUGGAAAUUCUGCUAUGUGAACAGCGCAAUCUCCAUGCAGAAUCCCAUUGUGUGAACAUAGAACGUUUGGCGUUUCGUAAAUCCCAGCUUAUAUCUGGCUGCUCCUUUUUUUUUUUUUUUAUGAAAAAAUCCGCUGUGUGCCAUUUGUGCCUUUGUUUGGGAGUUUUUGCAAAACAAGUGAGAACCCAGCAUUUCUCUUUUGCACCAGAACCCUAAUGUGGUGUUUCCCAACCUGUGGCUAUCCAGCUGCUUCAACUCCCAUUAUCCCAUGACAGUCCAAAGAUAGUGUUCCCCAAGGCUGUCAUAGCAUGAUGGGAGUUGUUAUUUUGCAACAGCUAGAGAACUCCAGGUUACCCCAUAUACCCUUAUUGCGAAUGCAAACUGCAUUGAAAAUGUUGAAGGGUGCAGUGAGAUUGGUUGCUAUGAGCAAUGCGAUUAGUUUCUAUGGGAAAUGUGAAUAGUUGCUAUGAGAAAUGUGAUUAGUUGCUAUGGGCAAUGCAAUUAGUUGCUAUAGGCAACGUGAUUAGUUGCUAUGGGCAAUGUGAUUAGUUGCUAUAGGCAACGUGAUUAGUUGCUAUGGGCAAUGUGAUUAGUUGCUAUGGGCAAUGUGAUUAGUUGCUAUGGGCAAUGUGAUUAGUUGCUAUGGGCAAUGUGAUUAGUUGCUAUGGGCAAUGUGAAUAGUUGCUAUGGGCAAUGUGAUUAGUUGCUAUGGGCAAUGAGAUUAUUUGCUAUGGGCAAUGUGAUUAGUUGCUAUGGGCAAUGUGAUUAGUUGCUAUAGGCAACGGUAUUAGUUGCCAUGGCCAGUGGGAUCAGUUGCCACGGGAAAUGGGAUUAGUUGCGAUGGGAAAUGGGAUUAGUUGCUUUGGACACCUAACUAUACUUUUUUCACUUUUUUAUGUUCUUCCCACACCCUCCCAGUCAGAGUGGAGCAGCUGAGGUUCCUGCACAAUGUAAUAGUAAUAAUGUGAGGGGAGGCAGAGCAUACAGAGAAGGGGUCUCCUCCAUACACAUACUCACUGCUACUGACAGACAGGGGGACAGCUGCAGAGUGGGGUCUGCUCCAGAAGGGGGCGGGGCUUGUCACAGCUCUAGCCCGCAUGCGCGGUGGACAGCACAGUCAAAGUUUUCUGUGGGCUGCAGACCAUGGCACGGUGUCUGCGUCUCCUCAUCUUUGCGGUAUCCCUGAAUGUAUUCCUAUAUCCGGAUCCGAGCUGUGCGGCUACCGGCGGCCUCCGGAGGACACCUGCAGACUCCUGUGCACCCAAGGGUGUAUCUUGGAAUAAGAACAAUGGACAGCCCAAUGUCACAUUCCGUUAUGACAACUGUACCAUCACUUCUGGAGGGAAGCACCUGAUUGCCGAUAUGCAGAAUAUAACCAUCAGUCAAUAUGCUUGCAAUGACCAGGUGGCCAUAUCUGUUUUGUGGACACCCAGUGCUACAGGCAUCGAGUAUCUGAAAGGUUUUCGCAUUAUUUUGGAGGAGCUUAAAUCCGAGGGGCGAAUGUGUCAGCAGAUGGUGCUCAAGGACCCUAAGCAGCUGAAUUCCAGUUUUAAAAAAGUUGUGAUGGAGACUCAGCCAUUUAUGAACCUGAAGUUUGAGACUGAUUAUUUUGUGAAAAUCGUCCCCUUUCCCUCCAUCAAAAAUGAAAGCAACUACCACCCGUUUUUCUUCAGAACACGUACAUGUGAGACGUUGCUACAACCAGACAAUUUAACCUGCAGACCUUACUGGAAGCCAAAGAACGUGAAUGUCACCCAGCAAGGUGUUAACAUGCAGGUCUCCUUUGACCAUGCACCCCAUAACUUUGGUUUCAACGCAUAUUAUGUAAACUACAGGAUGAAACACGACGCCUCUUUUAAACAGAAGAUCUGUAGACAGGUUCAGAAUACAGACUACACAAACUGUCUUCUCCAGAAUGUGUCUCCAGGGGAUUAUGUUAUUGAGCUUCUUGAUGAUACCAACACAACACGGCGCUCCAUGCACUACUCUCUAAAACCUGUGCAUUCUCCCUGGGCUGGACCGAUUCGUGCCAUCGCUAUCACAGUCCCAUUGGUCAUCAUAUCCGCCUUUGCAACACUAUUUACUGUUAUGUGCAGAAAAAAACAGCAAGAAAACAUCUAUUCACACCUCGACGAGGAGAGCUCAGAGUCUUCUACUUAUGCCGGAAGUCUGCAUGUGGAAAGGCCUCGACCGCGGCCCAAAGUCUUCCUUUGUUACUCCAAUAAGGACUGUCAGAAACACAUCAAUGUGAUCCAGUGUUUCGCCUACUUUCUCCAGGAUUUCUGCGGAUGUGAAGUUUCUUUAGACUUGUGGGAAAACUUGAAGAUUUGCAAAGAGGGACAACGAGAGUGGCUGAAACAAAAGCUGAAAGAUUCUCAUUACAUCAUCGUUGUGUGUUCCAAGGGAAUGAAGUAUUUUAUUGAGAAGAAGAAGAAAAAGAGUAAAGGCACCAACAUUGAAUCCGGAAAAGGAGAGAUGUUUGUGAGCGCUAUGGCUAUGAUCGCUGAAAAACUAAACAAGGCCCAGGACAGCUCAGAUGACCUGAGCAAAUUCAUCACUGUUUACUUCGACUACUCCAGUGAAAAUGACAUUCCUGGUCUUCUAGAUGUGACCAAGAAGUACAAACUCAUGGACCACCUCCCUCAGCUGUACUCCCACCUCUACUCCAAAGAGCUCAGCCUGCAAGACCAUGAGCAUUAUCCCACCAACAUCAGCAAACGCAACUACUUCCGGAGCAAAGCCGGCCGCUCGCUGUAUGUCACCAUCUGUAACAUGCACCAGUAUAUUGAUCAGGAACCAGAUUGGUUUGAGAAGGAACAUAUUCCCUCACACUCUCCCACCCUGCACUACCAGGAACCUGUCAUGGAAAAGUUUGAUUCCGGUUUGGUCUUAAAUGAUGUCACAGGCAAACAGGGGACAGAACAUGACUGCCCAGUGAAGGCAGAUGCGGUGGCGCCGGUGGAAGGUUACUUACCAACCCUGAGAAAUGACACUGGGGAUGAAAUUGAAGGACAAACCACACCGCUUGAGUGUUGUGUUCUCCAACCAGUUCUUCACUGUGUAAAGGUUGUCAACCAGGCAGAUAUGCCUCGAGACUCUGGGAUAUAUGACUCUUCUGUUCCAUCUUCUGAGCUGUCAUUAACGUUAAUGGAUGGAUUAUUGCCUGAUCAAGGAGAAACAUCAUCUAUUGCAGAGAGUGUCUCUUCAUCUUCUGGACUUGGAGAGGAGGAGCCCAGUAUCCCAAAAUCUGUUGUGUACAGCGUCUGUAAAGCGGAUCUUCAUUGCCACAUUCAUCCUGAUGAGCUCCAAGCCAUUGCACCUUUGUAGUUUACUGGUUAACUCAUUCUGUGCCAAUAGAAGGGCUAGACCCCACUGGCAGCAGAGGAGUUAAUAUGCAUUGCCACUUUAACAAACAGGUUUUGUGAAUAAAGUCACCAUAUCACUGCAGACCCUGAACUUACUUGAAAUAAUUGAAUGACUAAUAGAAUUUAUUCUUGUCCCUUACCCAAGUAUCGGACCUCUGGGAGAUAGUUGAAUAUAUGUGGCUCAGAUGAUGAACGUCACCGAAGAUCAUCGUAUGUUUAAUGGAUUCGUUUAUGGAAUUCACAGCUGACGCCUUUAUAAGGAGGAAACAAAACGUGUCGUCUUCUGUGGAUGUCGUCAUUUUUGUAAAGAUGUGAUACAAGGAGCUUCCUUUUGCGAAGGUUGAAAAGCAAAGUAACAAAUUGCCUUUCUGGCCAUGAAGCCUAAACCAACACUGUUUCUUAAAGCUGGACUCAAAACAAUUACAUCUCUCAUCCUUGAGAUAAAGAAACACGCACCUUGAGAAUUGCCAGAAGAGUACCAUAAUAACCAAACCACUAAUGGAUUAUAGAUGUCCUAUGGGACAAAUCCAUGUAUAUGUUUGCUAUGUAGAGAAAUUCUGGGACUAAUACUUUCCUCAUAUAGAUGUCCUCCACAUUACACGAUUCAUAUAUCCACCGUAAUAUGGAGACUACAACUAGACUUGAGCCUACUAUUCUGUUCACAAGAGACUUGCGUCACGUAGUCAGCUUUAUGUUACAUACAUGGUACAAAUUUAGCAGACCCUUGCACAACUAUUAUGUUAGUAAAUUGUAUUUUUGGCAACUUGUGGACGCUUUGUAAAUAUAAUUUAUGUAGGUUAUUUGGUACAUCUUAACAUUAUAUGUCUAACAAUGGUUUAAGUUAUUUUUGCUGUCUGUUUUGUUGAGGGUGGUCCUACAUCAUGGGGUUGUAGUCUUGUGCUGUAUCUUUAUUACAUCUGUACUUUAUCCAUCGUUGCCAUGAAAUCUCCUCAGAUUGCGGAAAUUGGGUGAAUUUCUGCAGGCUACUUUGAAUUGCUAAGGAUGUGCUGCAACUACAGCUAAAGUACAGAUGAAAUUCAGAUGCACCAAAAGGCUACAACGCCCUCAAGAGGGUGAUACAAUGCCCAGAUGAAGCAUGUCUUCUGCUCUCCCUCCUAUUACAUUUCUGAUCUGACCACAGGGUCAGCUUCACACAUGCAUAAUAUGGGCAAACAGCCACAAGUUCUGGCCGCGACUAGUGACCCAUACUGACAGCAUCAUAGGGGUCUGUACACACACGUGUUUAGUAAUACAUUUUUUCUAUUGCGGUUUUAAUUGUUAAAACAUUGGAAACAAAAAAAAAAAGCAAUGCCUGCCAUAUUUUUCAUUUUAGAAAAAGUAGUUUGAACACUUUUCAGGACACGGUUUUCCACUGCAGUAAAAAGCAGAUUGUAUUAAGAUUUUAGUUUUGGCUCUGCAUAUCUUAAAGGAGUAGUCCAGUCCUGAAAAACUUAUCCCCUUUCCUAAGGAUAGGGGAUAAGUUUCAGAUGGCGGGGGGUCCGACCGCUGGGGCCCCCUGCAAUCUCCUG